AUGCCUCUCGGGUCAUCUUUCGGACCUAGAAAUCGAGGCUUCCUCGGAGCAGACAGCUCUGCUCUUCCGGCACAGGAUCUGCAGGACCGCCAUCAACUGCGAUAUGAACUGGAUCUCAACUCGUGGAACUUUAGGAUUUGGGGUGUCGCCGCCUCGGGGUUUUUGACUGACUCAUACAACCUUUUCUCAACCAACGUGAUUCUAGCAUCCAUCUCAUUUGUGUAUUAUCCGCAUGGCCGUGAAUGGCCCGGUCUUCUCAUUAAUCUCUUUACACUCCUCGGCUCCGUCAUUGGUCAGCUUUCCUUUGGCUUCCUCGCCGAUUACUAUGGCCGCACUCGACUUUACGGAAUCGAGCUUGUGCUCGUCAUUGUCUCAACCAUUGGUGUUGCAACCAGCAGCCAUGGAUACAAUGACAUGUCCUUCUUAGGGUUGUUUAUAUGGUGGCGUUUUGUCAUGGGUAUUGGCAUUGGUGCCGAAUAUCCCCUCAGCGCUGUCAUUACAUCCGAAUGGGCCAGCACACAAUCAAGAGGAACCAUGAUUUCAAGCGUGUUUCUCAUGCAGCCGGUUGGUCAGGCCUUGGCGCAACUUGUCGGGCUCUGGGUACUGCUUGGCUUCGAAGACAGCAAGAAGUUGAGGGAUCUUCGUUGCGGCUUGGACACUCUCCAUGAAGAAGAGUGCCGCAGAGCAGUAGACGGAAUUUGGCGGAUCGUAAUUGGAUCUGGCGCCGUCCCCGCUCUUCUUGCCAUCAUUUUCCGCUUCUUCCUGUUUGACUGCGGCCUGUACAGUCUCGAGGUUCGCAACAAGCCAGCCAUUGCCAUUCUAAACACGCAAAGAGUCUACGGAACACCUGCCAAUUCAGCCAAUCACCACCAGAACACGCAGCAAAGCAUGCACCCGAAUAUGCAUCAGCAAAGUUUGCAUCAUCAGAAUUCGUUUGCGCUGCAGAAUACAAAUGGCAACUUGCACCCGGAGCCCUCGCCUCGACCUAUGCCGGUGCAAUUCUCUCGCGAAGAUUUACACAAUUACUUUAUUCGCGAUAAGAACUGGGUCUACCUGCUAGGUACGGCCUCAACAUGGUUCUUUCUCGACGUUAGUUUCUAUGGAUUGUCCCUCGAUAAUAAGGGUACACUCUCCGAUAUGUGGGCGACAACACCACCAGUCGCAAUCAAUGAGAGUCUGGAAUGCUGGAAUUCAAGUCUUCCGGGCGGAACAUCGACAGUUCCUGGAUGGAGGACGAAAGGCCUGCCAACGUGGCAAACCGACUCAACGCAUCCUUGCAACACCAUCUACGACGUCCUAAUCGAGCAGACCAAACAAUAUCUCUUGACGGUGUCGUUGGCUUCCAUAGCAGGCAGCCUCUGCUUCAUUCUUUUUGCAAAUCGCAUACCAAGGCGGCAGUGGCUUACGGCAUCAUUCAUUAUUCUGGCCGUAGUAUUCAUGAUCACCGGUGGUGUUUACUAUAGCGUCCAUCGUGACUACGCGGCAGCCGCCACUGUGGUGUGCGUCGCCAUCUGCCACUUUUUAUUCAACUUUGGUGCAAACACACUCACAUUCAUGAUCCCCGCCGAGAUUUUUCCUACGUGCUACCGGUGUACGUGCCACGGCAUCUCGGCCGCCGCCGGCAAGCUCGGCAGCAUCGUCGCCGUGCUCGUCGUGUUUGGCAUCAACAAGGCCUACAAGAGCCAUACACGCCAGGGCCUCAUCUUCUUGCUCUUUGGCUCCGUUGCCGUCGUCGGGGCCUUCUUCUCGUGGGCCUACCUGCCCGACCCGCAGCGUUGGGUCGUGGAGCCCACGGGCGACGGCCGCGAGAAGCGCGUCCUCGAGAGCAAGGACCUGGAGGAGCUGGGCGAGGGGAGGGAACGAGCCAGGCAGGCUGGGGAGUUGGUGUCGUUGAAGGAACGCUGGGGUGAGCUGCGCAGCCGGAGACGUGGGCCGAGACGGAGACAGGAGACAUAA